AUGGCGAGUCAACAAGAAACAGAAGAAUUCGAAAUUGAUUGGAAGUGCAACUCGCUGUGGACAGUCGAGUACCCUAAGGGUUCCAAACUGGGCAAAUUGCUCUCUCACUUUUCGAUGAUUCCCGUGAUUGCUCCUUUCGCGCUGCUGGUCCUUUUGAUUAUCAAGCGCAACUUUGCCAGUUUCCGCUGCUUGACUGGUCUUCUAGCCUCUACCCUUUUCUGUCGCCUUUUAAAAAGUUACUUUCGUUUUCCAAGGCCUGAUGCAGGUCACUCCGCCUCGCACGGCAAGUACGGCUUCCCUUCCGACCAUUCUAUGUCAGUCGCCGUGCUCGUCAUAUUCGUUCUUCAUUAUUCAAAGAAAAUCAAUUCGAUUUGUCUUCGCGCUCUUGUCAAUCUUUCAAUUAUUUUCUCGUCCCUCCUCGUCGUCAUCUCACGCGUUUUUCUUCAGUAUCAUAGCCUGGAUCAAGUAUUAGCUGGCUACUGUUUCGGCUUGCUUUUUGCAUUGAUUUGGCUAAAAUGCAGCAAAUCGCAGAAGAAAAACUUCGAGCACGCGUCAAAGAGAAUUGCCGAAGAAGCGACCAAAUUUGAGAAGCUAAAAAUUGUUAAAUUCUUCGCUGGCGAAGGAGAAAGCAAAAAGACUUCGUAG